CCAUAAUACCACAUAUUAGCAUUACAUAUACUCUUCCUCCUCCUCCUUCCCUACCAACUCAAAUGCUUAAAGUAAAACCCGAAAGCUCCAUUUCUCUCUCCACACCGGAAUUCAUGGAAGAAGAAGAUGCAGCCGAGGAGCAGCAAACACCAACAUCACCAUUUUGGAUGCAAACCAACAACAACAACCUCGGCCGCCUUCAACGCCUCUUCUUCAACUCCUUUGUUUUGAUCAUCUUCUUACUCUUAUUCGCACUCCUUUCAUUGGUUUUCAUCAUCCCAUCUAUUCAUUUAUCAUCCAACUUUUUUAGACCAAAUUUUGUCAAAAGAAGCUGGGAUUCCAUCAACUUAAUCGUGGUAUUAAUCGCUUUGCUGUUCGGGUUUCUUAGUAGAACCAUUAAUAACGAUGAUGAAAAUGAAAAACCCAAUUGCGGGUAUGAUCGGAUUGACACAGAGGUACCAGCCGGACCUCCGAUCAUGUAUGAUUUUCAACAACAAGAUACAAGUUCUUCAAUCGGGUUAAGGAGGCAAAGAACUAGCAUCUCCUACCCUGAUCUCCGGGAACUCUCUCCGCCGUGGAACCACCGUGGCGCCGGCGAUCCAUGGCGGUUUUCCGAUGACACACAUUUUAAUUAUUACAAUGUUUUGGACUCUAACCGGAACUCAUUCCGGCAACGCAACCGGCGAGAAAACAAUUUACAUACUCCGGGAGAAGAAGAAUUGUACUUUCCACCACCACAACCGCCGUCACAAACGCCGGUGAAACUGAAGACGAAGAAAGUGCAUCGAAAGUUUUCAACAGACGACGGAGAAAGAGGUAAAAUGUUAUCACCGGAAACAGUUUCGUCGGAGAAAAGACGAGCUAGAAGCUCCGAACCGAAAAGAAUAUUAUCAGCGGUUAUAGAUCCGUACCCGGAUCCGACAUUGGUCCAACCGGUUUCACCGUUGACCGAACGUAACAAAGAAGUUGACGACAAUGUAUCAAAAGAAUUUUUUUCAUCUUUUUAUCAUAAAAAGAAGAAAAAGCGGCAAAGAGACCGAAGUGUUGACAAUUUAAAAACUCUGUUACACCAUUCUCAACCGUUACCGGUUAAAAAGUUUAUAUCAGUCACACUACCACCACCUCCGCCACCGCCACCGCCACCGCAACCGCCACGAGCUACAAUAACACGAGUGGCUCCGUUUGUAACAGACAAGCCUAGAACAAUGACGACAGGUUUUAACUUUAAUGGUGUUGAUGACAGUUCAAGUGGUGGAGAGUCUCCGAUGAAGAAUAUUCCGCCGCCGCCGCCGUUGCCGCCGUUUAAGAUGCCGGAUUGGAAGUUUGCGGUGGAAGGUGACUUUGUUAGGUUGCAAGGUAUGCUUAGUGAUAGAAGUGUGUCUCCUGAUGGGGAUGAAGCCCGGUCUCCGUUGUCUGACGGGGAUACGGUGGCGACGCUGACGGAGAUGGCGGUUUUUUGUCCGAGCCCGGAUGUGGAUACAAAAGCUGAUAGCUUCAUUGCAAGCUUUAGGGCCGGGUUAAAGCUUGAGAGAAUGUCUAAGCUUGGGCCAGGCUCAGGAUCAGGCCCAAGUAAUAAUUAAUGGGCCGUGUUGUUUUUAUUGAAUUGAUUUUUUAUAUUAUUUGAUUUGGUCAUA